AUGAUUAAAAGUAGUUUAGAAGGAUUAUUUAAAAGAACAUUAUUGAUUGUUAAUCCUUUAUCUAUUUCUUCUUCUUCUAUUUAUCAAUCAAAUAAACAACAACAACAACAACAACAACAACAACAAUUCAAGUAUAGAUAUUUUACUUCAACAACAAUGUCAGAUAAUAAUCAUUUUCAAUAUUUAGUAUUAGGAGGAGGUAGUGGAGGUGUAUCAUCAGCAAGAAGAGCAGCCAAAUAUGGAGUAAAGACAGCUAUUGUAGAGGCUGGUAGAAUAGGAGGUACAUGUGUCAAUGUAGGUUGUGUGCCAAAGAAGGUGAUGUGGAACACUGCCAACUUGGCCGAACAAUUACAUAGUGCCCCUUCCUAUGGUUUCAAGGGAGCCGAUUCGAUCAAACAUGAUUGGGCAACCAUCAAGCAGUCGCGUGACGCCUACAUCUUGCGUCUCAACACCAUCUAUCAAAACAUGUUGAACAAUAGUGGUGUCACUUCGAUUAGAGGUUGGGGCAAGUUGGUAGGCAAGAAUGCCGUUGAAGUCGACGGCAAGGUGUACACUGCCGAUCACAUUUUGAUUGCUACUGGUGGACGUCCGGAAAUCCCCAAUGUGCCAGGUGCCAAUCUCGGUCUGACAAGCGACGGAUUCUUUGACAUUGGCGAGUUGCCAGAGACCGCUGUGAUUGUCGGUGCCGGCUACAUUGCCGUCGAACUAGCCGGUAUCUUGCACGCACUCGGGUGCAAGACCAAACUCGUUAUUCGUCACGACCACUUUUUGCGUACAUUUGAUGACAUGUUGUCACGCGAGUUGAUGGCACAAAUGCGUGCUACUGGACUUGAGAUUGUCACCGAUUCGACUAUCUCCAAGGUCGAAAAGAACGACGCCGGCAAGAUUGUCGUCACGACCAACCACACUGCCCUCGAACCAGUCGACACACUCAUCUGGGCGAUUGGCAGAGAACCUAUUGUCAAAGACAUUGGUUUGGAGGCUGCUGGCGUCGAGCUAGACACACGUGGCUACAUCAAAGUUGACGAUUUCCAAAACACAACCACUCAAGGUGUCUAUGCGAUCGGUGAUGUCAUUGGUCACCUCUUAUUGACACCCGUUGCCAUCCAGGCUGGUCGUCGUCUUGCCGAACGUCUUUUCAACGGCAAGACCAAUCUCAAGUUUGACUAUGAUACCGUACCCACCGUCAUUUUCUCGCAUCCACCCAUCGGUACAGUCGGACUCACUGAAAAAGAGGCCAUCGAUAAAUACGGCAAAGAUAAUGUCAAAGUGUACAAUAGUAGUUUCACCAACAUGUUUUACGCCGUCAAUGACACGUACAAGCCAAAGACCUUUAUGAAACUCAUUGUCACUGGCCCCGAAGAAAAGGUGCUCGGUAUCCACUCGAUCGGUAUCGGCAGUGAUGAAAUGAUUCAAGGUUUUGCAGUUGCCAUUAAAAUGGGUGCAACAAAAGAAGAUUUAGAUAAUACUUGCGCUAUUCAUCCAACUGCUAGUGAAGAAUUAGUUUUAUUUACAUAA